AUGUCCGACAUAAUAAACGAGGUCCAAAGUGCCCCAGAUACCUUUACCAGCUGGGACAAAUGUAUGGACAAGGCUUAUUGCAAAUGGCCUGCCAUCGUAGGAAUCGUAAUUGGCUCUCUCAUCCUCCUCUCCUUCCUCUGGUGUGUGCUCCAGUGCAUCUGUUGCGGUGCGACAUUAUGUAAAUGUUGCUGUGGUGGCUGUUCAGGCUGUGGUUCGGGUGGCCGAGAUCGACGUUCGAAACAUAAAGACGAUUAUACGAGGAUGCCACCGACACCAUACGGUGGUUAUCAACCUGCUCCCGCUCCAAUGGCCUAUGGUCCGCCCCCAGCCACUUAUGGUGCACCUCAAUUCGCUACCUUUGACGAUCCUAGCAGAAAGCUCCACGAAGACAGCCUUCCCCCUAUGCCCAGUUGGGACACUGCUACGAAGAGAAGGGUUGAAGAUACCAGUCCUACCCCGAACGGCGACCUUGAGAUGGGCCGUCUCGAGCCUCAGGGACAAGGCCUACGAGGCGGCUACAACAGUGUUCCCAACGGCCCUGUAUCACCCCACCCCGACCAUUAUCCUAAUAACACGGGCAUGAACCAAUCCUACAAUUCGGACCUCGGAGCCCAAAGCAUGGCACCCAACCGAAACCAGUAUGAUUCGUUUCAAGCCGUACCCCUAAGCCCUCCACCGACCUAUCGCUCUAACUCUGUUGCUCCAUCGUCCACAUCAGACAAGUUCAUGUCUGGGACUGCCAGUCCCAGCCCCGGCGAUUACAGUCGUCAACAAACAUACCACCAAUCUUCUUACGCGCCCAGCAUCACGAGCACGAGAUAUGAGCCACAGCAACAAUAUGCUGCAUAUGGCGGCCAGCAGCAAUAUCAGGCGGAGCCCCCCAGCUUCCUCCAGCCUGGCCGCAGACCAGUCAACGGAAGCUACAGGGAAGUCUAG